GGAUGCCAGCUAUAGCCUUGCUGAGGGCCACAAGGCCGGCACUGGGGCCUCGGCAGGCUUACGAAGGCCAGUUGCUGUGCGGGGAGCAGGGGGUGUCCAGUAGGUGUAGGGAGUCACGCUGCCUGUGUGUUCAUGGUGAUGUUUCUGCGGAUCUUGCAGCAGUUCACCUGUGGCAACGUUAAGGUCUUUCUAUAGACAUUAACUUCAUCGUCGAAGGAAUGAAGGGGCAGUGGAUCUUUGUGUGGUCGUCCUUCACCCUGAUUUCUCAUCUUGCGGGAGCCAGUCAACUGCCUGAGGUAGAUGUCCUCGAUAAUCUUGCAGACGAUCUCCUCCAUCCCUGGCGGUAUCCUGUCCAACAACAUCUAAGAAAUGGCUCGAGAGCCACGAGUCACAUCGAAUGGUCUCCCUUCGAAGACACUCUCGAGUCCCUCAUGGUGAUGCUCAGUAACAGGAACUACAUCAAGCGGCAAGCAAGGUGUCCACUCUGUAUCCCUGGAAUCAACUGUCCCCCCGGAUGUCCCAGCACAGAGCCUAUCACCACUCCGGUACCAGUUACCCCCGGUUCCCUUUGUCCCUUAUGCCCCCCGAGGCCCACAUGUCCUCCAUGCUAUCCUGGAACUCCAUGUCCUGCUGGGUGUCCUCAGUCACCGUGUCCACCUUGUUACCCAGGGAGCCGUUGUCCUGCUGGGUGUCCUCAUACACCAUGUCCGCCCUGUUACCCAGGAAGACGAUGUCCUGUGGGAUGCCCAACAACUCCGUGUCCAGUGUGUUAUCCAGGAAUGGACUGUCCGGCAGGAUGUCCACCUACACCAUGUCCGCCUUGUUAUCGUGGGCAGCCGUGUCCCGAGGGAUGUCCUAUAUCGGAGUGUCCCACUUGUUAUCCUGGAACACAAUGCCCUGCAGGAUGUCCCCAAGCACCAUGUCCUCUUUGUUACCCUGGUACUCGGUGCCCACCUGGAUGUCCACAAACUCCGUGCCCACUUUGCUAUCCUGGAAGUAACUGUCCUGUAGGAUGUCCAGCGACGCCAUGUCCUCCUUGCUAUCCAAAUCGACCAUGUCCAGUAGGAUGUGAAGUAACUUGCCCCAAUUGUUACCCUGGUCAGCCAUGUCCCGUCGGUUGUCCCCAAACACCAUGUCCCGCGUGUCCACCCGGAGCUCCCUGCCCUCCAGGGUGCCAACAGCCAUGCCCUGUAUGUUAUCCAGGUCAGAGCUGUCCCUCUGGGUGUCCCGUCACACCUUGUCCUGUCUGUUACCCCGGAGAAAAAUGUCCUUCGGGAUGUCCUCUCACACCGUGUCCAGACUGUUACCCAGGCCAAAUGUGUCCCUCAAGAUGCCCCGUGAAGCCGUGUCCGCCAUGUUUUCCGGGAGAGAUCUGCCCAUCGACUUGUCCAGUUGGAAAAUGUCGCACGUGCUACCCUGGAGAGAAGUGUCCCCCCGGAUGUCCAGUAACUCCUUGCCCAGACUGCUAUCCUGGGGAUCAGUGUCCUGCAGUUUGUCCUAUGACACCUUGCCCUCUGUGUUACCCUGGAAGCAAAUGUCCACCAGGAUGCCCAAGGACGCCGUGCCCGUCAUGUUACCCGGGAAUCCCAUGUCCUCCGGGAUGUCCACCCACCCCAUGCCCAGAGUGCUAUCCAGGACAGUCGUGUCCUAGAGGGUGUCCACAAACUCCAUGUCCUGAUUGUUUUCCAGGAGAGAGAUGUCCUUCAGGUUGCCCAUCAACAGCAUGCCCUCCCUGUUACCCAGGAACCUAUUGUCCUCCAGGAUGUCCCUCAUUCAAAUGUCCAACUUGCUACCCGGGUGAGGAUUGUCCACAAGGCUGUCCGGUGAGCCCAUGUCCAGACUGCUACCCAGGAAGUAGAUGUCCAGCAGCAUGUCCAAUAACACCUUGCCCUGUGUGCUACCCUCUGGAUAAGUGUCACCCUGGCUGCCCAAUAACACCAUGCCCAACUUGUUAUCCAGGUGAACGAUGCCCAGCAGGAUGUCCACAAACACCUUGUCCGUUAUGCUACAUUGAAGAUUGGUGUCCCCCAGGGUGUCCCCUAACACCAUGCCCAGAGUGUUAUGAAGGCGAUCGGUGCCCGGCAGGGUGCCCAAUAAGUCCAUGCCCAGUCUGUUACCCAGGUAUGUCAUGUCCCUCUAGAUGUCCAAUCAUCCCCUGUCCUCCGUGCUAUCCAGGUGAACCUUGUCCAACAGGAUGCCCAGAAACGCCCUGUCCUAUUUGUUACUCGGGGGAAAGUUGCCCUAGUCGAUGUCCUGUCAUUCCAUGCCCACCCUGCUACCCUGGAGACCAGUGUCCUUCAGUAUGUCCAGUUACCCCGUGUCCAGUUUGUUAUCCGGGCCAGAAAUGCCCACCCAACUGUCCGACCACUCCAUGUCCAUUCUGCUAUUCGGAGGAGCUUUGUCCACCCGGAUGUCCCUUGACACCAUGUCCUCCUUGUUAUCCAGGAGAGCGAUGCCCCCCAGGGUGCCCUCAUACUCCUUGUCCGAGCUGCUACCCUGGAGAGAGAUGCCCCAGUAACUGCCCAACCACACCAUGCCCCGAGUGUUACCCAGGAUAUGAGUGUCCCAUCGGGUGCCCUGUCAAACCGUGUCCAACUUGUUAUCCCGGACAGAUAUGUCCACCAAACUGCCCUAAUACCCCAUGUCCAACUUGUUACGAUGAAGCAUCCUGUCCACCUGGCUGUGUGCCUGAACCAUGCCCAAAAUGUUAUCCAGGCUACAAAUGUCCCCCGGGAUGCCCCCAGACACCAUGUCCUGAGUGCUAUCCAGGAGAGCCAUGCCCUUCAACCUGCCCACAGACCCCAUGUCCACGUUGUUAUCCUGGAAGUCCCUGCCCUCCCCAAUGCCCAGUCACCCCAUGCCCCACAUGCUAUCCGGGAAUGAGCUGUCCAUCUGGGUGUCCUUCAACCCCUUGUCCUACUUGCUACACAGGAUCAUGCCCCCCUGGGUGUCCAAACACUCCGUGCCCUCCUUGCCCACCGGGUUCGCCGUGUCCACCUGGCUGCCCACCUGGAGUCUGUCCAGUAUGUCCACCUGGACCCCAGGGAAAUCCAGGAGGUUAUGGAACACAACAUCGUGGCGAACCUGGACCGCCAGGUCCUCCGGGCUAUGGAUCUCGAGGCCCGCCAGGUCCACCAGGGCUACCAGGCUCAUGCAACUGGCAGGGUUCGGCUUGUCCCUCAUGUUGCCCAUCUUCCAGCGAGCUGCACUACAUCAUUGCCAUCCUCAGUAACCGCACUUCUUGCUGCACUCCAAAGCCACCGACAGCUAUGUGCAACACCAAUCCCUAUGAGUUAGAGUUUCGUCUUAAUAAUCUGAAUGCAGAUCUGGAAAUACUCACCAGCAUCGAGGCACAAGUAGCAUCCCUCAGCGACGCUCUGAAGAUAUUGUCCGGAAAUUUUAGUGGGACAGAUUUCAGUGGACCUCCGGGACCGAAGGGUGAGAAGGGGAUGCCUGGACCCAAGGGCGGGAUAGGAGAAGUUGGUGUCCCUGGCCAGUGUUCGUUCAAGGCCGACAGCGAACCUCCGCGGGGCCCGCCAGGACCUCCAGGCAACAAAGGAGCGCCUGGACCUCCAGGGAGUCAAGGGGCCUGCAACUGCCGAGGUGAUCGUGGGGCUCCUGGUGCCCCCGGAGAGAGUGUCAGAGGACCCCCAGGCCCCAGGGGUGUCAAGGGCCAGAAGGGCGAACGUGGAAAGGAUCUGACUUUAAGCGACAACUAAUUCCUUGAAGUCAUCGAUCCCGUCCGUCGGGCUUGCACUGCACUGGUUGAAGUGAGUUUCUUGUUAAACAAUGCGGCCGCCUUGAAGACAAACAAUUUCCUGUCAUCCAGCAGUAACUAUAAAAAGAAAUCACCAAACAUCUUCUUGCUUGGUAAAAGUCAGGCUUUGUAGUUAGCGUGUGAAUUCAACUCCUUUCUGAUGAGAAGAAGGAUGAUCAGUUUUCGAAGCCCUACGAUAACUUGUUUUCGCUUUAGCAUAUCUGAGAAAAUUAGUUUUGAUUGUAUAUGGAAAAUCACACCAAAAAAAUGUCAAACGAUAAACUUGAUAUUAUUUGU